AUUCAAACUAAAACAUUAACACUUUUUUUAUCAUUAAGAAAUCCUUUCUAUGUUGCACUUAAAUAAAUAUAAUUUCUUGGUGCUGUGACACAGAGUAGUCCAAUGAUGAUUAUGACAAAAUAUCUUGCCAAGGGAGAUCUUCGAGAUUUCAUGAAAAGAAAAGGAGCUUUAAAACCAAGUACAGCGGUUAGAUUUGCACUUGAUAUUGCUAGGGGAGCGGGUUAUUUGCAUGAAAAUAAACCAUCACCCAUUAUUCACCGUGAUCUAGAGCCUUCUAAUAUAUUGCGGGAUGAUUUCAGCGACCUAAAAGUUGCAGAGUUUGGAGUGAGCAAGUUGCUAAUAGUUAAAGAUAAGCCUCUAACUUGUGAAGAUACUUCUUCUAAGCUAUUUGGUGGUGUGAUGAGGUCUCUCCUCUGCACCUCCAUUUCAACCUUGGGUUGUCCGACGCUGUUACUCCAGCUUUUCUUCGGUGUUUUUUGGCGACGGUUUGGUUUCGGCAAAGAUUACUCCAGGCGGAUCGGCAACCGGCUGCUUCAGAUCUGGAGUUGUGUGUUUUCUUCGUUGGUUGCUCCGACUUUUUGCAGGCCGCAAUGUGGCUCCUGAGGUUUGUAAUCAAGAGGAAUAUGACACUAAAGUGGAUGUCUUUCAUUUGCACUAAUUCUACAAGAGAGUUUGAGGAUGAGGUUCCUAAGGUUUAUGCUUCAAAAGAGAGACCGCCCUUCUGAGUUCCUACUAAGCAUUAUUCUCAUGGAGUUCGAAAGUUAAAACAUUGAGGUGCUUUCAGAAUCUAAAAGCUUUGUUGAAGAGAGAUCGUUCUAAUUUAAGCAGUUGGGGCAGUUCAUCUCGCUCUUCUACCAGCCGGAUAUGAAGGAGGUAGAUUGAUGUUAUUCUGUAUAAACUUCAAUAUUGGAUUAAAGAUACAAAUCAAAUUUCAUUUAACUUGAGAUGGAGAAUUGCAAUGUUUUCUCACGUGUAUUCCCAGGUGCAUGAUUGUGAUUUUAGAUUCCGAGAUUCUUCUAUAAUGUUUCCAACUUCAUGAUAUCUGGCCAUAGAAUUGGUUGUAAAGCUGUAACUAAAGAAUGUAUUAUGUAUGU